AGGACGAAGUCUUCAGGCUGGCCACCUCCCUCGGGAACCUGGGGCUUGAACCAGGUCCCGCCCUAUGGAUGGGAGAUGACGGCGAGCCGGGAUGGCCGGGACUGCUUCAUCAGUCACAUGACACAGGCAAUCCCAUUUGAUGACCCCCGGUUGGACAGCUGCCAGAUCAUCCCCCCGGCCCCGCGGAAGGUGGAGAUGCGGAGGGACCCCGUCCUGGGAUUCGGCUUCGUGGCAGGGAGUGAAAAGCCAGUGGUCGUUCGCUCAGUGACACCAGGUGGCCCCUCGGAAGGCAAGCUGAUCCCGGGAGACCAGAUCGUAAUGAUUAAUGAUGAGUCAGUCAGCGCUGCGCCGAGGGAGCGGGUCAUCGAUCUGGUCAGAAGCUGCAAAGAAUCGAUACUGCUGACUGUCAUCCAGCCUUACCCUUCUCCCAAGUCAGCGUUCAUUAGUGCUGCAAAGAAGGCCCGGUUAAAGUCCAACCCCGUGAAAGUGCGCUUCUCCGAGCAGGUCAUCAUCAACGGGCAGGUGUCGGAAACUGUUAAGGACAAUUCACUUCUGUUUAUGCCAAACGUGUUGAAAGUCUAUCUGGAAAACGGGCAGACCAAGUCCUUCCGUUUUGACUCGAGCACCUCCAUAAAGGAUGUCAUCCUGACUCUUCAGGAGAAGCUGUCCAUCAAAGGCAUCGAGCACUUCUCCCUCAUGCUGGAGCAGAGGACGGAGGGGGCCGGGAGCAAGCUGCUGCUGCUGCACGAGCAGGAGACCCUCACGCAGGUGACACAGCGGCCCAGCUCCCACAAGAUGAGGUGUCUUUUCCGAAUCAGCUUCGUGCCGAAGGACCCCAUCGACCUGUUACGGAGGGAUCCGGUUGCUUUUGAAUAUCUCUACGUGCAGAGUUGUAACGAUGUCGUACAGGAGCGAUUUGGGCCGGAGCUGAAAUACGACAUAGCCCUGCGGCUGGCGGCCUUGCAAAUGUACAUCGCAACCGUUACCACCAAGCAAACGCAGAAAAUCUCUCUCAAAUACAUCGAAAAAGAGUGGGGAUUAGAGACAUUCCUUCCCUCGGCUGUGCUGCAAAGCAUGAAAGAGAAGAACAUAAAGAAGGCGCUUUCACACCUUGUCAAAGCAAAUCAAAACUUGGUACCACCCGGCAAAAAGCUCUCUGCCCUGCAAGCCAAGGUCCAUUAUCUCAAGUUCCUCAGUGACCUUCGUCUGUAUGGGGGCCGUGUGUUCAAGGCAACACUAGUGCAGGCAGAAAAGCGCUCGGAAGUGACCCUCCUGGUGGGGCCCCGAUAUGGCAUAAGCCACGUCAUAAACACCAAAACCAACCUGGUGGCUCUCUUAGCUGACUUCAGCCAUGUGAACAGGAUCGAGAUGUUUACCGAAGAGGAGAGCUUGGUGAGGGUGGAGCUCCAUGUGCUGGACGUGAAGCCCAUCACGCUGCUGAUGGAGUCAUCGGACGCCAUGAACUUGGCCUGCUUAACAGCUGGAUACUACCGGCUACUUGUGGAUUCCAGGAGGUCCAUCUUUAACAUGGCCAACAAGAAAAAUGCGGGAACCCAAGAAACAGGAACUGAAAAUAAAGGAAAAAUUAACAUCCUUGGCCCUGAUUGGAACUGUAUACCCCAAAUGACCACGUUUAUUGGCGAAGGGGAGCAAGAAGCCCAGAUAACAUACAUAGAUUCCAAACAGAAGACGGUGGAGAUUACGGAUGGCACCUCGUGUCCAAAAGACCACCGGCACGUGUACAUAGCCAACACCUAUAAUCCUGAUGACCUCAACCCUCAGCUGGCGCAGCCGGGAGACGCCCCGUGUGAGGCCGACUACAGAAGCCUCGCUCCGCGGUCUCUGUUGACCUUCUCAGGCCCAGAAACUCUCAAGAAAGCACAGGAAUCUCCGAGAGGAGCCAAAGUGUCCUUCAUUUUUGGAGAUCUCGCCAUGGACGAGGGGAGCAGUCCCCCAGCUCUCAGCUACGACAGACUCUUGGACGAGAAUCCGGAGCUGCUGGAGAAGCAGGCGAAUCUGUACAUGAGAAGUGCCAACGACAUGAAGAGCCUGGACCUCGCCCCCGACGCGGAGAACAUCCCGUUUGGGGAAAACUCCGUGUAUGCGAACAUCGGCGACGUGAAGAGCUUCGAGGCCACCCCGGGCAUCGAGGAGCCCCUUCUCCAUGACAUUUGCUACGCGGAAAACACCGACGAUGCGGAGGACGAGGACGAGGUGAGCUGUGAGGAGGACCUGAUGGUGGGCGAGAUGAACCAGCCGGCCCUCCUCAACCUGUCUGGCUCAAGCGAUGACAUCAUUGACCUCACGUCCCUGCCGCCUCCAGAAGGGGAUGACAACGAGGACGACUUCUUGCUGAGGUCCUUGAACAUGGCCAUCGCCGCCCCGCCGCCUGGCUUUCGAGAUAGUUCGGACGAGGAGGACUCUCAGAGCCAGGCCGCCUCCUUCCUCGACGGCAAGGAGCCGGGCGGCGGCCUGCAAAACGACGAGAUCCCCGUGUCCCUCAUCGACGCGGUGCCCACCAGCGCCGAGGGGACGUGCGACAAGGGACUGCCUAAGCCCGCCGUCUCCCCGCUGGGAGCUCUGGGAGCUCUGUCCGUGUCAGAGGAACAGCAGACCAGUAACAAUUCAGGUGUAGCCAUCUUGAGGGCUUAUAGCCCCGAGUCUUCCUCAGACUCGGGCAAUGAGACUAACUCUUCCGAAAUGACGGAGAGCUCUGAGCUGGCCACGGCGCAGAAGCAGUCCGAGACCCUGUCCCGCAUGUUCCUGGCCACGCCCGAAGGCUACCACUCCCUCGCCGAGGAGCAGACCGAGUUCUCCGCCUCCAAGGCCCCGGCCGCGGCCUUGCCCCCCAAGGCCUCCCACGCCCUGGCCGCCCGGCCCGUGCCCGUGACCGACGGGCCGUCCAAAGUCGUGCCUUCCAAGCAGAUCCUGCACUCAGACCACAUGGAGAUGGAGCCCGAGACGAUGGAGACCAAGUCGGUCACGGACUAUUUCAGCAAACUGCACCUGGGCUCGCUGGCGUAUUCCUGCACCAGCAAGAGGAAAGGCAAGCUGGCCGACGGGGAGGGGAAAGCGCCCGCGAGUGGGAACGCGCCAGGGAAGAAGCAGCCGGGGGACGGUCCGCACCUGGGCGCUUUUAACCUGGAGAGAACUGCCUUCCGCAAGGACAGCCAGCGAUGGUGCGUGGCCACGGAGGGCGGGGCGGCUGACAAGGGCGGCCUGGAAGCAGCCACGGGGAUCUUUCCACGCGCUCCUGGUCUGGGGCCACGGGAGGCCGAAGGGAAGGAGGAAGGGGCUCCCCGUGGGGAAGCCCCCGAGGUUUCAGGACUUGGCCAGCGGGACCACUUCUUAACUGACGCGACCUGUGUCCCUUCCGCCAAAGACUUAGACCACCCAGGGGAUGCCGACCCGUCGACCUGUGACCGUCCCUCCCAGCUGGCCGGCGCGGAAGAGAGCGUGGCCCAUCUCUGUGACUACCACUUGGCCAAGCGGAUGUCAUCGCUGCAGAGCGAGGGCCAUUUUUCCCUCCAGAGCUCUCAAGGCUCUUCGGUGGACGCGGGCUGCGGCACGGGCAGCAGCGGCAGCGCCUGCGCCACCCCCGUGGAGUCCCCGCUCUGCGCCUCCGUGGGCAAAGGCGGGCCUUACGGGCCUUCCGAGGAGAGAGGCCCCGGGCUGCCCAGCCACGGAGCCCCCUUUAAGGAAUCACACCCUCAGCCGGAAGGAGUGUGUCCCCGGAUGACAGUGCCUGCCCUGCACACAGCCAUUAAUGCUUUGAGAGAUGGAUGUCAUCGACUCCCCAAGAUUAAGGAAACCACAGCUUUGACAGAGUCUGGGAAGGAGAGACGAGGAGGCAUGCCUUCAGUGUGGUCUCAAUAUCCUGAAGUUGAUCCCAUCCUGCUACCAUCAAACAUUCACUCGGAAUCAAAGGUGCCAAUUCCAAAUCAAGACCCCAAUGAUUUCUCCCAAGCAUCCCAGGCCUAUGGAGAGGCUGUGAGCUGGCAACCACUGGAUCUGAGAGGGGAGAGUCAUGGGACACCCCCCAGCCAGAGGGCUCUGAGACGUAGCAGCAGCGUCCUCUCAGGAUGUGUAGGUUUGGAGACCUUCCGAGAGAGAACCAAGGGUAUGGUCAGCUUAAAGUGUCCAGGUGUCACAGAAGAAGAACAGGAGGCCACUUCAGAAAGGCGAGCAGAACUCCCCCUGGGAAAGAAGCUCACCAAAAGUUUUUCCCAAAGCUCGAUGCACUUUAGCCCCGACGGGAAGGCUCACAAAAGGUCCCCGGUGGCUCACAAAGACUCAAAGCUGUAUAAGACAUUACCUUUGAGGAAGCUGGAGGGGAGCAAUUGGAGAUGCCGGGGACCUUUCAGCUACUGCUUCCUAAACCGAGGGCAGGAUGAAGAUGAGGAUGAGGAUGAAGAGGAGGGAGCACCCACCCACCGGGUCUCUUGCCUCUUUCCACUACAGAUGACUAAAGCCAUGCCGGAACCAACCAGCCCACCCCUGGCUGUUGGGAUUCAGAAGCAAGAAGGGGAGCUGUCCAGGUGUCCAGUGCUGAAGGUCUGGGCCGAAGACCUGAGUGGCCCGGACGACACGGACUUCAGCAACCUGGCUUUUGAUGCCCGGAUUGCAAGAAUAAGUGCCCUAAAGCAGAGCACAUAUGCAAUGCCCGAUGGGUUCCUCGCAGCCCAAAAUGAUGCCAAUGAGCUGCUCUGCCUUGUCAGGGCAACCAAGGGGAAGAGAGAGGAGUCACGCCCUGAAGCAUAUGACCUUACACUUUCUCAGUACAAGCAACUGUUGUCCAUUGAGUCCAGACAGUUAGGAAGUGCCUGUAGGAAAAUGGCGAUGGCCGAGAAAAGCCCAGAGGAGAUGCUCGUAGCUAUGACUUCCAGCUUUCAAGUGCUCUGUUGCCUAACAGAAGCUUGCAUGCGAUUAGUGAAAGUCGUGAGCUCCGAAACACAGCGGCAGGAAAUUGUAGUGAAGAUCGAUGAAGUGGUCAUAAACUACAUUUGUCUCCUGAAGGCUGCCGAGGCAGCCACAGGAAAGACCACUGGGGAUCCCAGUGUCGGGCUGUCGACGCGACCUUCAACCACCAUGGCCGCCCUCGUAAGCACACUAACACGUUCUCUCAAGAUGCUUUUAAAUAAAUAAAAGUGUGAAAGUCACAUCAUAAUCUACCUUUGCAAAGCCAUACAUGAACUUUUAUUUCCUUUCUUUCUUGUACGAUGAACAGACGUCUCCUUUCUUCUCUCUGUAUAUUUUGUUAUUUUGUAUAAAAAGGAGAUAAAAGAGUCACAUUGGUGAGAUGUUGAAAUGUACUAAUCAGAUGUAUUCUGUUUAUAUGAUACAUAUAUACAUGUAAAAGAGCUAUACGAGAAAGUGAUGACAUUUGACUAUUUUUCAUAUAGUCGAAACUCGGGGUAUAUGAAGUGAAAUUUUAAAUUCUACUGUGUUAGAGCAAAACAAUGAAUCCCAUCCCCUUUCCUUCCAAGUGGAUAUUUGGAGAACAUGUCGUUCAUAUUUAGAAGUAAAAAAAAAAAAAAGAAAAGAAAUCACAAUGUAUAUAAAACAGUACUUAUGUUUUAAAAUUAUGAUUUUUAAGCAUUUGAAAUAGCAAAAAGACAUUUAAAAUUCAAGAAGCUAUUAUGAAUGAUUAGAGAAGAUAUAUAAUAAAUUAAUUUUUUGCUCAUA